CCCCCGGGCGCGAGUUGUCCCCUCUCACUUUCUCUCUGCCCCUGCCAGGAUGCGCCAACCUCAGAAGAGCUGGAGCAGUUCGCCAAGGACCUCAAGCACAAGCGCAUCAUGCUGGGCUUCACCCAGGCCGACGUGGGGCUGGCGCUGGGCACCCUCUACGGCAACGUCUUCUCGCAGACCACCAUCUGCCGCUUCGAGGCCCUGCAGCUCAGCUUCAAGAACAUGUGCAAGCUGAAGCCGCUGCUGCAGCGUUGGCUCAACGAGGCGGAGAACACGGACAACAUGCAAGAGAUGUGCAAUGCGGAGCAAGUGUUGGCCCAAGCCCGGAAGAGAAAACGCAGGACGAGCAUCGAGACCAACGUGAAGGGGACACUGGAGAGCUUCUUCCGCAAGUGUGUGAAGCCCAGUCCCCAGGAGAUCUCCCAGAUCGCCGAGGACCUCAACCUGGACAAAGAUGUGGUCCGGGUCUGGUUCUGCAACCGGCGUCAGAAAGGCAAACGUCUGCUGCUGCCCUUUGGCAACGAGGCGGAGGGAGUGAUGUACGACAUGAACCAGUCUCUCGUGCCCACCGGCCUGCCCAUCCCGGUGACGUCCCAGGGCUACAGCCUGGCACCCUCCCCUCCUGUCUACAUGCCACCCUUCCACAAAGCCGAGAUGUUCCCU